AUGUCGGGGAUUCUCUCGAAAGUUUUGAGGUUACCACGGAAAUAUCCUUUGCUUCGCGGUAUGCUGUGUUACGCGGUGAUAUGGCCCGCUUGCAGCAUAACCCAAGAGUUCAUGGAGCACGGACCCAACUUGGAAAAAUUGGAUUGGGCUAGAGCAACGCGCUUUGGCGUGUUUGGAACAUUCUUUAUGGCUCCAGUCUUUUACGGGUGGAUGAAGUAUAGCAGCAGGUUUUUCAAGAGAAAUAAUUUGAAGACAGCAAUCCUCAGGGCGGGCUUAGAACAAAUCUCUUACGCUCCUCUAGCGACGGCGUAUUUCUUCUUCGGCAUGAGUCUGCUCGAGAUGAAGCCUAUAAAAGAAUGCCUAAAAGAAGUGGAAGAAAAACUCUGGCCCACGUACAAAAUAGGGGUGUUAUUCUGGCCGAUGGCUCAAACUGUUAACUUUUAUUUUGUUUCCGAAAAGAACAGGAUAGUAUUUGUGAGCUUGGCUAGUUUUGUAUGGACGGUUUAUCUCGCGCAUGUUAAAAGUAAAGAAAAAAAUGAAAAAGCUGUAAUUUGA